CAGAGGUGUUUGGGGCUCCCAAGAGUGACCACUAGUGUCACUACAUCGACACAACGUCGAGUGAGUGACAGAUAGGGAACGCACAGUUGUUGUAGCAGCUCUAGUGUUAAUUUAAACACCAGGAAAUUGCGGCGAAACGUAGAACGCGGCAUGUAAAACUCAGUUUUCAAAAAUGUAGUUAUAGUAAUGUUGAUUCUAUUAGACUAGGUUGUUAAUUCCGACUUAUCCCUCUUUUUCUGUAAUAAAAGCAAAAAUCUAGGCACUUAUAAUGGAAGUGAAUGGGGCAGAUCCGUAAACAUUAAAAUACUCACUGUUUCAAAAGUAUAGACACAAGACAUAAACAAUAUGUGCACUAACAUGGUUUUAUCAUGAUAAAAUCACUUACUAACCUUUUCUGUGUAAAGUUAUAGCCAAUUUUACAACUUUGUUUGUCGUAAACCCCAAAACGACUGUAAAAACUGCAAUUUAAUCAUCUUUACAGCUCAAAUAAUACACAAGUUUUAACAGAAGAAUUAAUGUAAGUGCUUUUAUAAAAUUAUAAGCUUCACAUUUCUGCCUUCAAACCCUCCAAAAAUUGGCUCCAUUCACUUCCAUUGUGCCUAAUUUUUGCUUAAGAAAAGGCAGGACGAGUCAAAAUUAAUUUUUUUGGUAAUCAAUAUUAUGCCACAAAUGCUGUUGAUUGAGCUUAACUUGUAUUGAACCCAGAAUAUUCCUUUAAACUUUGACAUGUAAUUCGCCCUGCACUGUUCUACAAAAAUGAAUGAUGCAUCAAAUCAUGUAGCUUGUUGAGGAGAGGUGUACUAUUACUUUUUUUAAGCAUUUAAACCUAUGAAUUUAACCUUGUAAAUAGCAAUCACCCAGAACUCCCUAACAACUUCAUAGCAACAUGCUAAAACCUUCAGAAAAUGUGAAAAUCAAGUUUCCCUUGCAGGGACUAAAACGGUUCAAGGAACGAAAACGAAAACCGAAAAAGAACGAAAUUUUUAGCAGAACGUAACCAAAAACCAGAACAAAGUGAUUUUCAGUUGUUCCGGAGUGAAACGUUAUUUUUAAGAGCUGGUAACCAGUUAUAACCGAUUAAUUUUGUUCAGAUAAUUUUUUCAUGAAACUAGAGGUUAAAGAAAAUGAAACAUGUGCUUUGAUCCUGAAGGAAACUGCUGCAUCACACAUUUCUUUACUUAACUGCCCGUUGUGGAUGUCGCAUUCUCUGAAUGAAGACCUUUUUAACAACUAUGUAUAAUUACUACAUAUACAUGCACGACUAAUCCAGAUACAAAACAUUAUUAGAGGUAAAAAUUACAUUUCUCAGUUGUUUCCAAGUCUUCACUGUAUUAUUGUUAGAUAUGAUGCAUUAAUACAGAUUUGAUGCUGCUGGGUUUUGUCUCAGAAUCAGAUCUUUAAUAAAAAUUUUACUUAACUGUUAAUUAACUGUAUGCAUCACAAAAAAACAAAAAAAAACAAAAAAAAAAAAAAAAGCAAGUGGCUUAUUUUAGCCUUGUUUUUCCUGACCAUGUUGCUUGUUUCUCUUGUGAGAUCUGGCAACACCUCAACUGGUAUGUCACCCACCCCUUAGUGUAGAGUACUGUCAUUUUUAAAAGAACGUUAUUAACUGUUCUUUUAUUUUGUUCUAACCAGUAAACUUUUCAAAGGAUGCUGCAGAACUUCUGAACCAGAACGAAAAAAUACAGUUUUUGCUCAGAACGAACCCAAAUGAAAAACAUUUCCUUGCCACCAUCACACUCUGUUACAGAUAGCCCUCAAGAGCCAAUUACAAGAAGAAAAAAUAUGUAAUAUAUCAACAACAAACAGAAUGAAUCACUGCUUUAUUCCACCUCUCUCUUAUUCUGGGCAAUGAAUGGGUUUCUCAGGAUUUGAUUUCCUCUCUGUUCUUUUUUAUUUCUACUUCACAUGUUUUUUAAAAUGCCUUGUUCUGUCACAAUCCCCCUCUCUCUCUCCUCCUUUCUCUGUGGCCGUCUUUCUUGCUCUUUUCUUCUCUUUCCCCAACUCUGUCUCUCCCCAUUCCUUUCUCUUCCCAUCCCUCCUUCCUCUCUCUCUCAGCAUGGCCGAACAGACUUUUCAUGGGAUGGAAUCAAUCUGUCCAUGGAGGACACAACCUCUAUCCUCCCUCGGCUGAAGAAGAGAAACUCCAACGCCUAUGGAAUCGGUGCUCUGGCUAAGUCCUCUCUGACAGGUGUGUCAGGAGUGUCUCGGUCUAUGAAGGACAAGGUGACAAAGCCGACAGCGAUGGCCCAGGGACGCGUGGCUCAUAUGAUUGAGUGGCAGAGCUGGGGCAUGCAGACGGUGGGCGUGGGGGGCAGGGUAGCAGGACGCACCUCCAGUCUGCACCUCCAACGUGAGCGCAAGCUGGAGAAUGACGCAUACAGUGAUCUAAGCGACGGAGAGAAGGAGGCUCGCUUCGCUGCAGGAGUGCUUCAGCAGUUUGCCAUCUCCGAGGCGACUUUGUUGGCCUGGACCUCUAUGGAUGGAGAGAGCACAAGCAUUGGAUCUAACCAGGGGAGCAUAGCCCACCUGAGUGAAGCCAACCAGGAGAGCAUCACCAGCCGAGACCAGAUAGUUCACCAUUCCUCUGCAGAGGUGUGGCCUCACAAUUACGUCUCCCAGGGUCUUUACUGCCUUUCUUCCUCUGAUGCUUGGGAACCGAUCAGUAAUGAGCAGUCAGGUGUGGCCUCUCCCGCUGCUGGCUCUUAUGUCAUGGCAGUGGGGACUGAGGGUGGAUAUGACCCAAAUGCAGCAGCACACUUCCUGUCCCAACAGCAGCAGCAGCAGCAGUAUCAGAGCCAGUUACAGCAGAUCCAGCACCUGCACCAGAUUCAGCAACAACAGCUCAUGCAGUAUCAACAACAACAGAUACUGGAACAAAGACUACAGAGUGCCACUCAUUCUUUACAAGCUACUCCCAACAGCACCGUCCACAGUCUGCCUUCUCGUACUCACCCGCCACUGGUGGAUCUGUGGGGGGCGGGGCAAACAGAAACCUAUCAGGCAGACAUGGUUGGCUACAUGGGCAUGCCUGUGGGUGUAGAGGGACAUCUUACAGAGGAGGUGAUGACCGACCACUCACCUUUGCUGGAAGCCCAGGAGGAGGAAGAGAUCAAUGUGAGGAGAAAAAAGUCAUGCGCAAUGGAGGAAGACGUAACGUUAUGUAUGGAACCAGAACCAGUGACAUUAAUUCCAUCCCCAGUGACACAUAGAGAGGAAGUGACCUCAACAGGAGGAAGCAGUCCAGGUCAAGCCCCUGGAGAACAAUUUACAGAGCGAAAGGCUUCUGAUGUCUCACCGUCUGUAAUUGAGGAGCUGGAAGAGAAGGAGGAGGAGGCAGAAUUCUCACAUGUAGAUGUCACAGCAGCCAACUGAGUGACAAGAGUGAGACUUGGGCUGGUUUUGACAGACAUUUCAAUCAGCAUAAUCUAACAAUAUCAACUCCUUUUUCAGGAAUCAAACACUAUUGUGAUGAAAUUCAAGUGACUUCUCAAACCCAAAAUGAAAACAGCAGAACUGAAAAUGUAUGCACUGCUUACGUACGUGAAUGCUGCUGUUUUUUUGUAAGCCUUAUAUUAUGGAUGUUUGAAAGAGGAAGGCAGAGAAUGGGAGAGAGAAAUCCAUGGCAAAGUGGGAGGAGGAAAGAAUGAAAAAAAAAGCAAACAGGAAUGGAGCGAUAGAGAUGGAGGUAUAUGGAAUUUAGGAAGAUGAAUAUGAAGAACAUUCAGAUAAUUAUGUGCAUGCUUUUACAAGGAGUGGUGACAGUCUUUUCUCAAAAUAAAGACAAUAAACCAUAAUGAUAAUAACAUGAUUAUUUUCUUAGAAACAACAAACAACUAAAUAAAUAAUUCAUCUGAUCCGAUUAUCACAAAUUCUGUGUUUGUACCUUCAGGUCCCACACAGACACUUACCAUAAGAGAUCAAUUAUGUAUGAUAAUCAGUAUUUUUGUCUUUUUUUUGUCACCCUUAAAAAAAAAAAGAUUUAAUAGAGUCACAAAUUUUGUAAGAUAAGACUUGUUUUCAAAGAAUAUAUCUGGAAGGGAUAGUUCACCCAAAAAUUUAUAUUCUCUCAUCAUUCUCUCAU